ACUUAAAAUAAACUAUCAUUUUUAAAUUACUAACAAAAUACAAUACAAGUGAAUUUCCAGUGAACCUUUUUUUUUUUUUGAAAUGGCAAUUUCUUCUCUAUAUUCCUCUAAGAAAAGCCCUGCUCUUUCUUCCUCAAAGAAAAAGGCACAGCAAAUCAAGAAAAAGACUUUGGCUCCUACUAAAACCAACAAGGUGGUAAAUGGAGGUACAAAGAAGGUUCAAAUAUGCCUUGAAAAAAAGACACUGAAACACAGCUCUGUUGAUGUAAAUUCAUCCGCAAUGUUGCGAGCUGCAGAAGUCCAAGCAAAUUUGCCUUGUCAAUUUCCUAGUUUUGUUAAGUAUAUGCUCCCUUCACAUGUCAGUGGGGGAUUUUGGUUGGGUUUCCCAAAGAGAUUUUGUGAUUGUCAUUUGCCAAAACAUGAUGCCAUUGUUGUUUUAGUGGAUGAAAAUGACGAAGAAUCUCCUACCAAGUACCUUAUUGACAAGAACGGAUUGAGUGGGGGUUGGAGAGGUUUCUCCAUUGCUCAUAACCUUCUCGAAGGGGAUGUCUUAGUCUUCCAAUUGAUUCAACCCUCCAAAUUUAAGGUAUACAUAGUAAGAGAAAAUUGCUUGACAGAAAUUGAUGGUGCUAUUACUCUUCUAAAUCUGGAUUUUCGUGCUCGACCAAUCAAAUCUGAUCACGAUGAAGAGAUUAAAAUUUUUGAAGCAAAAGAGGAGAAAUACUUGGAGCCUCCUGUCCUAGAUAUUAAUCAAGAUGACAAAAUUGAGGAACCCAUGUUGUUACCUAACUCGGACCACGACCCUAUAGCUGAUCAAUGUGGAAAUGACAGCGAUAACGGCUCUGAUGUUUUAGAAGGCAUUAGAUUUUCAGAAUCACGAGUCGAAUUCAAAGAUGUGAAGGACUAUUCUGGUUUCAACAUUAUUGUUGAUGGCCUGACCAUUGACUCCGAGGUUCCUGCAUUACACAUUAGGACCAAAUACUAUGAUCUUUGUCGCGCCCAAAAUUCAUUUCUCCAUGACCAUUUACUUGCUGGCCUAAAUGUCAAGUUAGCUGCUGGAAUGAUUACUGAAACUGUGAACAUUGCUGAUGCCAUAAGAGCCUGUGAGAGUUGGACUCCUCGUGAGUAUCUUGAUACUUGGGACAAUACAUUGAAAGGGUUCGAGUGUUUAGGAAUGAACGUUGGAUUUUUGCGUGCAAGGAUAAGUAAGCUUGAUAGUUUAUCAAGUGAAUCGAAAGACGUUCUUGAAUCAAAGAAAGUUGAGCUAGCUGAAGCAAAAGAGGAAAUGAGGAUUAUUGAAGAAAAGGUAUUGAAAGUGAAACAAGUGAUGAAGAAUGUAGAAUCUGAAAUUGAGGCCUUAACAAAGAAAGAUGCGAACUUUGAGCUCAAGUUCAAGGCAUUGGCUGCUUCUCCAUGGUAGAAAAAAAUUGGUUAUAAUUAGUUAUUGAAGAAGCCUUUUGAGAUUCCUAGCAGCAAUAUAUAACUCGUUCUGCUAUUUUUUGUGAGGUUAUAUGAGCCAUCAUAUCCUUUUUCUAGUGUAAUUGACUAAACUUUUUGUAAAUAUUUGAAAUUAAAUAUUUAUUUAUAUCGAAUCGUAUGUUCAUUGUCUGAGAA